CGCAUGCCCGAUCUAAUUCUCGCGUUUGGCGAGACUUGAGAUUCAGCAGGUAUCCCCCCAGGUGUUCUCCUCGCUACAGAAAUAUUAACCCGUCAAAGUCUAAUGUUGUAUUAUACAGGUAUGUCUUCUAUUAAUUGCCAUAUGUUAGCAGAAACACGCGGGUUCAGACUUGGAUGGAGUCGGCCAAGUUUAUCAUCUCGCCAUCUACGAGAACUCGUAUCAAAAGGUCAAAGUUCAAUCCAAAAUGGCGGAAAGUUGAACUUUUUGACAACCGAAACUUCAAAAUUGCGGCUAAAUAUCUCCUUGUUGCAGGAUCUCAGCACGUCCAAACAAUGGCCACAGGUGGUGAGUAUCUGCCGGAAUGUUGGCAGGAUGACGAGCGGAUGAAUUUUCUCUUCUCUGCGUUCCCAGACAACCGGGACUUGAACCCGCAUCACUGGGACAGCAAACUGCAGUUCUGGGCUGACUUGGUUGUUCACAGCUCAAGAAGCCUGGACGAACUAUGUCUGGACUGUUCUACCUUAGCUCAGAGAUUUAAAAGGAGCGGAAAGACGCCUCUUGGGCUACCAGUGGUUCUGAAUGAGAUGAUCAGACAAGGGAAGAUUCAGAAGCUGUCUGAGUUCCAGUCUGGUGUGGAUGCAGGUUGGGUGUCGUGGGGUUUUGAUCUCAUGGUGAAACGGCCUCUGCGCUGGACAUUUGGUACACUCACAGGCCGUAACCAUGGCAACCCUGAGGGCACCUACCUCCUUCUUGAUCUGGUUAAAGAGAAGGCGGAAGCUGUUCUGACCACCCAUGAGAAGUCUGUGGAGUUUGAGUCUACCGACCAUGUAGUGGAGUACAGAACCCUGCUGGAACAGUGCAGACACUGCUGUAAGGACCAGGACAGCCUGGAGCUGGCACUGCUGCACCUCAGGAAACUCAGGAAAGUCUGCAUCUUCCAGUCAGACCAGGGGGAGAAGCUGGUUAAAUUUGCAUCUUCAGCACACAAAACUGUCUCACCAGUAACAGAUGUGGAAGUUGGUAUCUUAAGAUUAAAGAAAACAGAGGCUUCUCUGAUGCAGCAAGUGGAAAAGUUGCAAUCAGACAGUGACAGGUGCAGGACAGAUGCAAAAGUUUAUCUUCACAAAGGGCUGAAAAAUGCAGCAAAGAAUGCCUUAAGGAGGAAGCAGCACAUCCAGAAGAUCUUGGAGAAGCGAGAAGGUUCCUUGGAAACAGUCCAUGGGCUUGUAAGGAGGAUACAAGAUGCUGAAUCUGACAGGAUGGUAAUCGAUGCCUACAGGGCAGGAGUGUCAGCAUUCAGACAGACUGUGGACAAGGCAGGGCUGACACCAGAUGCAGUGGAUGAAACCAUGAUGGAUGUACAAGAGGUUAUUGAGACAAGCAAUGAAAUCUCUGACAGCAUAGCUGGUGGACAAGCUGACAUGUCAGGGCUGGACCUGGACAUGAGUGGUCUGGAGGAGGAGCUAGCAGACCUUCUUGCUGAAGAAACACCAUCAGUGACAUCAGGACUGACACCUAGUAAGAACCAGCUGUUCAUUCAGGGGACCUUGUCUAAGCCAGCUGCACUGACUCCCCAUCCACUGACCGACAAAACAACGUCAGCACCAGUUGUCCCCACCCCUAAGAAACACCAGCUGCCUGCUUGUGGGUUGGGGGUUCCUCCUGGUCCUGCCAGCCCCCACUCUGACAUGCCAUACCAGGGAACACAGCCUGUCCCAUUGCACUUCACUCCCAGCACUGCAGCAGAUGAGGACUUGGAAAGGGAACUUGAAAAGCUUACUCUGGGUGAACCAAGUGAGGUGGAACUUAAGCUGCCCUCAGUACCUGCUUCACCUGUAGGCGGAGCUGUAGCUGCAGGUGGGAACACACCUGUGAGUCCGCACCAGGCAGCAGGCAGGUCUGAUACAGCCAGGAGACUACUGUUGACAGAGUAGCGGGACAAUAUCAGUGCCUGUCAGAGAUGCAUUAUCUUUAACAGUCUUGAUGUUUGACAGAAAAGAAUGUUACAUGUAUUAGGCUAUUACAGCAUUUUCAAUACCAUUUUUUCUUCUCAGUAUAAACCAUUGGAGGCUGAUUUUGAGUACAUGUACAAGCCCAGAAAUGUUCUCAGUUCAUUGAUAUGGUGAAAUGUCAUUGUCACAUUUGUUGCAUGAGCAACAACUUUGUCUGUGGUAUGUUAAGUGUAUGAUUUCUCAUUUUUAAGUCACUUUCUUUUCCAUUGUUUCAAAACUGUGUGAGUAUAUAGCUUAUAUUACUUUAACAGAUCUUGCCUUUCUCUAUUUUUGUUCCACAACCUAAAUGUGGGAAACCCCUACAUUAGCUUCUUCAAGAUUUGAGGAUAAUGUUUCUAACUCUAAGUUAAUAUACUUAUGAAUAUAUCACAUCAAGGCACGGCAAAACUUACAUUAGUGUACAUGUACAUGUUCAUUACAACACUUGCAAUCAUAAUAUUGUCUUUUUAACAGGAGUGAAUAUAAAUGUUACAUAUUGACAGUAUUAUCAAGAAAUCUGUAAAAGAAGUAAAUAGAUUUGUCUAUGAAAAGGGGGGUUUAUGAAUGGGGAGAUGUACAUGUUACUUUGUUGUCCCUGUGUAUUACUGCGAAUAAAACUGUGAACCAUG